GUUCAAAUUACCCAUGAGCCUCUACUCACAUGGUCCAACGUCAACAUGGCUCCGAAAAAGAAGGAAACAGCACACGUGCAACAAGAUUUAGCCUUAGAUUCCGAUCAACAGAAAGUGUUUCAAGAAAAGGUUAAAGAACUCAAAGCUAAGACAAAGCAUGGGCUGUCCCAGCCUGGCGUGGUAUAUGUGGGUCACAUACCAAGAGGAUUCUUUGAACACCAAAUGAAGUCAUAUUUCUCACAGUUUGGAAAAGUGAAAAGGAUCAAGCUAUCCAGAAGCAAAAAGACUGGUAGACCCAAAGGCUAUGCCUUCAUAGAGUUUGAGAGUGAAGAGGUGGCUAAAAUUGUGGCUGACUCCAUGAACAACUAUCUCAUGUUCCACAGGCUACUGAAAUGUAAAUUUUGUCCUUCGGAAGAUGUUCAUCCAGACACCUUCGUAGGCAGUGGCAGAAUGUUCAAGCGCCCUAAGGCACAUGCCAUAGUCAGAGAUCGCCACAACAAACUGCCAACUCCCAAGCAGAGAUUGCGUGCCAUCAAAAAACUUAACACAAGGACCAACAAAAAGCUUGCCAAGUUAGCAGCAAUGGGGAUUGACUAUAGCUUUGAGGGACUGUACAAAGAAAAAAAGAAGGUUGGUUGGAUCAACCCACACCAAGAUUCUGUACAUAUUUUAGAAGAAGAUAGCAGUGAGGAUGAGAUCACAUUUAUUACACCCCCUAAGACUGUGCGCUCUUCGUCGGUUGGAGCCACCCCAGGGAAAACUCCUAAAACCCCCAAAUCAAGAACUGCCACUCCAGAUAGCACUGGAAUAAAAUCCACCAAGUUGUCUGGUAAAGGUAAUACUACUAAAAACUCAGUCUCUAAAAAUAAAAGGAAGAAGACUAAAGCAACUAGGCCUUUUGUGACUUCAUCUGAAGUUGAGAAGACAGUACAGAAAUUGACUUCUGCGUCAAGUGGAGGUUUGAAAAAGAGGAAAAAGGAGAUGUUGGAAAAUCAAACUGGAUCUGCUAGAAAGGUGCAGAAAGUAAAGAAAAACUCAAUAAAGUGAGAAUUUAUGGGAUGUGUUAUACUGGCCAAUUGGUAAAAUUGGAGCGACAUCUAAAAUCAAUGAGUCAUGCUUUUGCAUAGCGAUUUGAAAAGUCUAGUGGCAUACAUAUUUAUUUACCAAAGUCGGAAUGUAUUUUUAAAAAAUGUAACUAAAGUGUUAUUGGAAUUGAAUGAAUUUCAACUGGAAUAAUACUUUUGAAGACACAGGAAGGAGGAGGGGGCAGCUGGAUACUGGUGCACUAACUGAAAGUAGAAUGGAAUGACUAGCUUCUAAACUCUUUCAGUGCUGAGGACGUAUUUUGGUUCAGAAUUGAAUGCAGAUCACUGUUACCAUGUAGCAUAAUGAAGAAAAUGUGAUUAUUAAUAAAUGUCAUUCAUCAGUUUAA